CUCUUUAACAAUCUUCUCCUUCUGUCUGCAAUUUCUUCUUUUUUUUUCUUCACUGAUUGUUGCUACAGUUGCUUCAGUAUUCAACCAAUUUCAAUUCGUGCAGCUCCAAGUUGUUCGUGGGUCAUGGCCAUUAUGGAUCUAAGCAAGAGAGAGAUCAUUUUGGGAGUGAUCUGCUGUGUGUUGGUGUUUUUCACACUUCUCUCCAACAAGUUACUUUUCCAAAAGGCCAUCUCCAAUGUCAUCAACAGCCAAUUUCAAGGAGAUCUGAAGAUUCACAAUUCAACUGAUCAGGACGAGUUGACAUUAGCUUUGGGCAGGGCUUCCAUGCCCAACAAGACGGUGAUAAUUACCACAGUGAACACAGCAUGGAUGGAGUCUGGCGGCAUUUUUGACUUGUUUAUGAAGAGCUUUGAAAUUGGGGAAGAAACGCCACCACUGCUAAACAAUUUGCUGGUAGUUGCCUACGAUGAAAAGGCAUUCAACGCUUGCACACAAAUCCAUCAUCAUUGCUAUCGACUAAAGACUGCAGGAGUUGAUUUUUCAGGCGAGAGCGUGUUCAUGUCGGAGGAUUUCUUGAAGAUGAUGCGCUCUAGAAUCCUCUUCCUCACCAAUGUCCUACACAGAGGCUACACCUUUCUUUUCUCCGAUUCAGAUAUAAUAUGGCUUAGAAACCCAUUUCAGAGGUUUUUAAGGGACACAGAUCUUGAAAUGUCGUGCGAUAGGUUUUCUGGGAAUCCAAGUGAUAUGAGAAAUGAAGCAAAUACAGGAUUCAUGUUAGUCCGUUCAAACAAUAGGACUAUUCAGAUGAUGCAAGUGUGGCUCAAUUCCAUGAUAAUGAGGCCCCACAUGGAUGAUCAGGAUGUGUGGAGCUCCAUUAAGUUGACUACAAAUAUUACUGAAAUAGGUCUGCGUGCACGCUUCCUUGAUACCAAAUAUUUCAGUGGAUUUUGCCAAUCUAGUAAUGUUUUGAGUGUGGUGUGCACUAUGCAUGCAAAUUGUUGUAAAGGAUUGAAGGCCAAGGUUCAUGACUUGAAAGAGGCUUUUGAAGAUUGGACAUCUUUUCAAUCUAGUGGAUUAAAUGGGACAAACGUGCAUUGGAGAGCUCGAGAGGAAUGUAGACGUUCUUGGCUGCCAAAAUGAUAUUGCUUUCAAAAGAUUAGCCUGGAAAUUAAUCUAUGCUAAGCUAUUCCUUUUAGUUGUUUUUUUUAUUAUUUUAUUAGAAUUGUAAUGACUUUAAAUAUUUUAUAAAAAUAGUUUACUAUAUUUUGUA